ACCAUCCGCUGGCGGCGUCUGUUUGUGGCUCACACAUGUAAGCUAGCCUGCUAGCAUUGCUGUAGUAACAGUUGGCCAGCUCCUUGGCUUCACGUUCACAAAUUAUAGAAGCUAAUCAUUUAGUCAUAUCAUUAAAAGCCGUCUCCACAUUUCUGCGUUUCUCUUUCACCAGCGGGGGGCUCCCCCCUUUGUUUUUCAUCAGCACCCACAUGAACAAUUUUUGAUUGCAGAAUCAUGAAGGUGAACAAAAACGCACAGGCUAAGGGCCACGCUAAAUCCCAGAAGUGGAAGGAUGUUCGGGGCAAGCGGUGCAGGCCUCCCAUCAGUUCCUCAGACAUCAACUCGAGUCCUGUCAUGGCGAAGAUGGCGAAGGAGCACCAGGCGACUGUGAAGAAAAAGCCCACCGUUAAGAGACUGAAGAAUAAGGCAAAGUCCGUCUCUAACACCAAGAAGAACACCCCUUCGUCUGGAUUUAAGAAAUCACACACGCAUGCUAAUGGAAGGUCAGAGUUUACAAUGGACGAGUCAGAGGACUCGCAGGACUGGAGGGAGUACUCGGAGUUCAUUCAUAGGAACGGUGUGGAGACUUCAGGUGACAUGGAAGAUGUAAAGCCAGGUAGACUGGAGGGAGAGGCUCUUCACGAGUGUGCAGAGAGAGAUGAUCGGCAAAACCACGCAGUGCUCGUCAUGCAGAAGGAUCAGAGCCUGUGUUUCCGUGGGAAGUGCUUUUUGACCUGUCUGUACGGUCGGGUAGAAGUGAUGGGGUUCACCAUUGAAGAAGGCCAGCAGUCAUAUCCACUCUUCUCCCCGGCCUCACACUGUCCACUGACCAUUACAGCAAUGGAAAGCUCUGGUCACAACAGAGAUGACAGAAUGGAGGCGUCGCCCAUCCUCCGAAAGUAUCUGCCAUCAGCAUCAGCCAAGAAGCUGGUAAAAAAGAUCAGGUCAAACUCAUCCAUCAUCCUACUGGAGCCCAUGGAGACGCCUCUGACACGGUUUCUAUCCAGCUUCACAGAUCUCACUGAACUGUUCAGCCCCCCGAUGAGUGAACUCAUGUCAGCUGUUCUCGACACUCCACUCAAUGGUUUGGGCAUGAUUCCUCUGGUCAAAGACAUCGAGGGCCUCAAAAUGUCAAAGAGCUAUGCAGAUGCUCUCAACAUGGUCGUCAGUGCCUGCAAAGGGGACAUGGACGGUUAUGCUGUCAUCCUCGUAUGUGGUACCAAGAAUGUGGGCAAGUCAACGUUCAUCCGCACCCUCAUCAAUACCUUACUGAAUCACACCACUAGUGUAGAUUAUUUGGAAGGUGACCUCGGUCAAACAGAGUUCACUCCCGCUGGUUGUUUGUCUUUGUCGACGGUCAGAGAGCCACUCCUGGGUCCUCCUUUCACUCAUCAGUGCACACCAGAGCACAUGAUCUACUACGGUCAUUCGUCAUGUGACACGGACUUAGAUCGCUACCUGGAAUCUCUUAAGUCCUUGUGGCGCAGACGCUCCCAGAGCAGAGAGACUCCUGUCAUUAUCAACACCAUGGGCUGGGUCAAAGGAUUUGGGUUCCAGCUGCUAGUGGACAUGAUCCGCUUCUUCCCGUUAUCACAUGUCGUCCAGCUCGCACAUAGUGGCGUCACCCAGUGUCCCGUCCUCACGCCAGAGUUUCUGAGGACGGCGCACGGCUGCCAGACGCACCCACCUGCCCAGACUGCUUUGGCCGAGUUCACAGAGAGCCACAGUCCCCCCAGAAGUUACACUCACCUUAUUGUACAAUCAGAUUUUCAGGGAGUAGCUCGCCAGGGAACAGCGAAACACCAGCGCAGUAAUGAGCACAGAGAGCUGUCACUGCUGGCCUACCUGAGUCAGCUGCAGUCUCCUGACCCUGGACCAGUCAGACCUCUACACAGCCUCACUCCAUACCAGGUGCCCCACACAGCGGUGGCUUUAGGUGUGAUCCAUUGCGAAGUUGUGCCCACUCACAUGUUUUAUGCUGCCAAUGCCAGUCUGGUGGGACUCUGCUGCCUGGGAGAGAAGGUGACAAGCAGAGGAGGCCCAGUCCUCCUGUCACAGGCUCCCAUCUGCCCAUGUGUGGGCUUCGGUGUGCUUCGAGGUAUCGACAUGGUGCGAGGUCUGUACUUCUUGCUGACGCCUGUAGAUCCCUCCAUCCUUCGUAAGGUCAACUGUCUCCUCUUGGGGGCGAUAUCACUGCCUUCCUGCAUCCUCACAACACAGCCUGGCUUUGAGGGAGAGAUGCCCUACGUCACCACAGACUACAGUUUUGAUCUCACUGGAGCUGGAAAGUUGCGAGUCUUCAAGGGACUGAUGAGACCCAGUCAAAUGGGGUCGCAAUGACAUUUCCUACACAACAUCAAUUUAUUGCUCUUUGCCCUUCUGGACUGGCACACCAUGCCAAACCAGUCAGUGUUGGCCUUUGAAUGUAGAGCACUGAGGUUGAGCUGGACGUUUUUUUUUUAUGUCAAGCUUCACGCUGACAGCGCAGCCAGCAUCACAGACUCUGCAGGAGGAGAAGGCUGCCUUCCUGUUACCGGCCUGAAAACCCCGGGCAUUCUCACCACGUCUUACAACCUCCUACUGUACGUAUACUAGUUGGCGCUGUGAAGGAGUUUCUGUGUUUUCUGUCACAUGGACAAUAAUAUCACACUUUGUACUUAAAGCUCUUGUUUGAUGUCUCUUCUUUUUUUUGUCGUCGGCAUUCCAAAGCUACAAAUGAAAACAAAAACCUGCCAGAUAUUAAAUGAGGAAGAACU